AUGUGUGAAUUUAUGCAAAAUAAAGCGUCAUUUAUGCGAAAGGGAUUUAAUCGUUUCGCAUUUAACAUCGAUCGUAUAAUUGCAAAAUAUAGCCAAAAGCGAAAUGAAACUAUUUUUAUUGAUAUGAAUACAAUGACGGUUAUAUUACUUAUAAAAUUAUAUUUUUUAUUCACGAAAGGUAUUGAAAGUAAAUGGUUUUAUGGCAAAGUGUGGUCGUUUAUUUUGCUCAAAUCAACUGCUAAAGCACCAUAUAAUUUUAACAAAUAUGCUGAACAAACUUUAAUUCGGCAUUUCGGUAAUUCUGUUCUCUCAGCACCUUCUAAUAUAGAACUGGAUGAUCCAGAAGAUUUUCGUGAGGCUCAAAAGCUGGACCAGGAAUUCGAACAAUCCUUUUCGGCAUUGAAUUCAAGUCGUCUAAAAUGCGAACUUUUUGUUCCAUCUCAAGUAAUUGGAACAAAUCAAAGAAAAUCUAUGCGAUUGCGUGAAAAACUUCGUCUUCCACAUACUCCAAAGGUUAAUCCUUGUUUCGAUGGUUGUAGACGGACGGGAGUCAAUGAUUUAUCACGAAUUUUGGAUGGUGAGGCUUUUUUCACUGUUGAUAGUUUUGUUAUACCGCGUAUUUCACAGCCAUAUGUAUUUGGGGCGCCUGUUCAUGAGAAUCAUGAAAAUGAACAGCUUCUUGUGAAUACGACUUUGUAA